ACCCUAAUUUGGAGGGAAAUCCUCCCUGUAAGAAACCCUGAGAGAAGGGUUACCCUUUCCUCUCUUCCAUUCAUCGUCUUCUUCUUCGUCCUCCCUCGCCCUCAUUCUUCCCUUUCCCUGUCACUCCACGCCACCACUGCUCCCUCCCUCAAGAAAUCCCUCUCCCUCUCCCUCAUUUGCAGACGUUAAAAGCGCCGACAUUGCCUCCUGCAAGAAUAUACCGGAAUAAUGGAGGACGAAGAGUCCUCUACCACCGCCACCGCAGGGCUCCCAUUGCCCCGAGCGGCCGCCAGAAAGCGGAUAGCGGACAGGAUCGGCCGCGCGCUCCAGCACCGCCUCCUCCUCCUCCACCGUUCCGCCGCCAGCCCCUACUCUGCCUCGUUCUUCGUCCUAGGCGCCACCGGCAACGUCUACACCGUCACCAUCUCCCCCGCGCCUUCGUGCACCUGCCCCGACCCCACCGUCCCCUGCAAGCACAUCCUGUUCGUUCUCCUUCGCGUGCUUCGCCUCUCUCCCUCCGACCGCCGCCUCCGGCACAGGUCGCUCCGCCAGGCCGAUGUCCGCGCACUCCUGGCCACCGACUCCAACACCGCCGUUCUCGCGGGGCCGAAGCUCCGAUCUAGGUUCCAGCAGAUCUUCCGCGCCGGCGGUGCCGUUCCUCGCGAUUCCUCCGCCGAGGGCCGGGCCGAGGACCGGACGGAAGAGUCCGAAGAGGAGGUGUGUCCGGUGUGCCUGGAGAAGAUGGAGAGGAGGGGGGAGCCCGUGGCGGUCUGCGUCGCCUGCAGGAAUGCCGUCCAUGUAGCUUGCUUUGAUCGGUGGAAGAAGAGCAGGGGAAGGCGGGGAGCAAACUGCGUGAUGUGUAGGGCGAGGUGGAAACAGAAGAAGCCGGAGGAUGAGAAAUAUGUGAACUUGGAGGCCUUUGUUAAGGAAGAAUGCAAUGUGGAGGGGCCUCCGUGAUAUAACUUUACCUUCUUUGUAUAUAAGUUUAUUUAGUGAAGCAGAGUCAGUGGUUGUGCA